CAAGGAGCAGACGGGCGCGGGCGCCGGCACCGGCACCGUGGGGCGGGACGGGGUGAAGGGAGCGCCGGGCCGGGCCGGCGGGCGAGCAGGAGGAACGGCCUGCUGCCGGCCGUGGAUCCCGCGCCUGUGGGCCUCCCCUCCAGGAAGCGUUGCAGACCAUCUAUGAGUGUUUAUUGAAGCCGUGUUUUAUACGAGACAAGUGUGUAACGGUUCCUCUGGCAAAGGCGGCAAGGCCGGUCUGUGCCGCCGGUGCGCCAUGGAGGUAACGCAUCCCCUGGAGCUGUUCCCGGGCUGCAGCGUGACGCUCCUCCUCUUCAACGGCGUGAAAAAUGCUGCUGCUCUGAGACAAAAAGCCAUGGGAGGUUCCAUUGAAGGAGCAUUAAUAAACCCUGCAAUGAUUGUAGAUCCUUUUCAAAUCCUUGUGGCGGCCAACAAAGCAGUUCACCUACAUAAGAUAGGUAAAAUGAAGACCAGAAGUCUCUAUGCAGAAAUUAUUUUCAGCCUUUCACCAAGCAACAAUAUUUCAGAUGCAUUUAAGAAGUUUGGCAUUUCAGACACUGACACAACAGUACUUAUUGUUCUGGUUGUGGAUGGAGAAAAAACUAUAAAUCUGGAAGAUAUAGCAUCUCAGGUGGAAGGCCAACAGAUUUCUCUAGAUGAACUCCCCCAACUAACAGACACUGCCAAAGUUAAAAAGAUGUACAAAGUUACUCCACAGGAAGAAAAAAUUGGCACUUUGUUGGAUAGUGUUGUUUGCAGAAUGUCAACUAAAGAUGUUUUAUGAAAA